CAGCAGCAGCAGCAGACGCAGAUGUCCCUGAGGAAAGAGAGUCUUGCAGCGCAGCAGGAGGCCGACAGCAAACUCUUCAACCCCCAGCUCCUUGCGGCCGCUUCUUCUCCCGCACGGCCAGCGUCGACACUUCUGAUGACAAAGAGACCACUGCAGGUAUUCCAGAAGAUUUGCAAACAGAUCCGUCGAUGGUACUGUCAACUGCCCUGGACAAGCUGGCGAAGCUCCGCGGGAAGCUCGAUACACUGCAUCAGCAGCUGGAAGUGCAGUCACACGAAGUUUCAAGCUACUACAGCGCAUUGAAAGCAGCGGAUCAAGUCCACAGCUCGCUGCAGCAGACAGCUGCGGACUGCCGUGUCUGCUACGGAAGGCGGCACACGCAAAUGCAAGAAGUGGAAAAACGCCUAAGUGUCUUAACGGCCCAAGACCUGCAGCCGUGUUCUGUGGACGAGCUCGAAGAACUUGCACAAGAACUCGAAGGAACCCAGUACAAGCUGACAGUCGUUCAGGCCCAGCGGGCGGGCCGCUCUUCGGAAGACAGCCGCAAAAAGCCGAAGCAGCUUUUGCCCUACUCUUCGAAUUGCCUUCCUGAGCCGAAGUCCUCUUUUGCAAUUCCUGAAGAGCCCGUGGCGAGGAUUGGCCCCGACGAAUGCGUUGCAGUUCAAGAGUCCGCUUUGCAAGAAAUAAAAGCUCUUGGCGACGACUUGGAGCACAUUCGCGCGGUGCACUGUCAGUACAAGAAGGCAUACAAGAAGUUGCAGGGAAUUAUGACUCAACAAGUCAACAGCUAUGAUGUUGAUCUCCAAAGACUUAUUGCAAUUGAAAGAAAUCUCGAAGACAAACUUCGCCGGCUGCUGUUUCUGAACGGAGACGCGAACUACGCGGAGCUCUCGGACACGCAAAUGCAAGAAUAUUUCCGAAUUGUGAACUUGUCCAUCCGCAAAGUUUACCGGGAAAUUGCGCUGAGGGAGUCGGGAGAUCGCCGCCAAAAUGAGCCACGCACAAGCGGACAACACAAUGGGCCAGUUUGCGAGCGCGCAAGAAGCCGCGGGUGCAGCCGAGAGGCGCAGCAGAACGAACUCGGCGGGACGCGGCGGCAGAGUACAGACACCGCAACUCGCCAAGUUUCCUCUCCGCGCAGCCAAGGACUCAGCAGCAGUUCAUUAAAUUGCGAAGGCAGGCGCAGCGGCUUCAACUCUGUUCAUGUUCCGUUUGUUGCAGGCAGCAAGACCAGCAGCAUCGCUGCGCAGCGCAUGCUGCAGCAGAACAGCCGCUUCGCGCCGCAGCAGGGGUCCAGCGAGCGCGGGCGAUUUGCCGGGCCGGAGGAGCAGCAGCAGCCCUCGGGGUUUAUUUAA